CAAGUCAAUUCAAUCAGAAAGCAUCUUUCGCCAUUCCAUCAAUACCUUAGAUAAAAUAUACUCCAGGAGUGAAAGUUUAAAUUAUCUGAUUCCACUAAAAGAGAUUGAGACAAAGCUAUUUGAUUAUAGUUAUAACACGUUGGAAGAUUUUAAAGCUGAUCUACAAAAAAUACCCAUUUAUAAAAAUAUAAAAGACUAUGGACACGAUGAAAAUCAAGUACUAGAGGAACAGUGCAAUACACCUAUUUAUGACUUUGCCAUGCUUCGAAAGGAUAGUCAAAUAUACACCAUCAACAUACAAGAUGAUCCCUUACAAGCGCAUCAUUCUCUUCAGCAAGCAUUAAAAGAAGAUACGAAUAUACCUUUGCAUAGACUGUACGUCAGUAAGAAUUCAAAUCUGAUUUUGGAAGCCAGAGACAGCAUGAAUUCACUUUUGGUGCUAUUUUUUAAAACAAAGAUAACGCCUUUUGAAGAUAACACGGAUAUAAUGAGACUGACAGCAGAUGUCGCAGUUGUGCAUCCAUUGGGCGAGUUUCACCGAUUUGACAAGAAUAUAUCCAUAAUUGAAGGAUGGAUCAAGGUGAAAGUCGCGAGAACUGCAUCUAUCAAGCGGAUUAUACCUAAAAAGCUAGCCUAUUAUUUAUUUGACGGUUCACCAUUGUCAGUCAAAAAGCUCAUGUUUGAGGCAGAAAAGGACAUAACAGCAGCAAGACAUAAUGAGAUGACACGUCAAUUUAUUAAUUCUAUCAUGGGAUCCUGCUUAGACUUUUUUACUUUAUGCUACAACGAUUAUGUCGACAAUAUUCUUUCUAAAAAUACAAAGACGAAUCAAAAUUAUACCCAAAGCAGAUCAAUUGACUGUUGUAGGAAAGUGGAAAAAGGAUCGUCGACGAUUGAUAGGUUUUUCGCAAUAAAAAGAAAGAGCUUCAUUACACAAAAUAUAACAUCUAGUUUUACUCGUUAUUGGAGGGAACUGGAAGAAUUUUGUCAGAGUAUGGAUGUGAGCGUUGUAUAUAGAAAGAAAUAUGAAUCUGGAAUUAAUAGAGCUGCUGACGCGGAAGGCUAUUUUAAGAAAGUAUAUUUCAUAAACAGUCAAACGGUGGUACAGUUAUUUCAACGGUCGACAGUAUCUCAGCGUAUAAAUGAAAUAGUCAGUUACUCUACCCUACGAAAUAGACAUCAUAUUGGUCGCGUAAAAGAGAUUAUAUGGAAAGAUGAUGGAUCAGAAGUCAUUGGUAUCACUAUGGAACGUUAUCACAUGACUCUUAAACAGUUUUUACGGCUAAAUCCCAAGUUGACGGCUCAUCAGCGUCUAUAUAUGAUCGUACAACUACUAAGAUCUAUUAGUACGAUCCAUGAAUUCAAUAUUGCUCACAGAGACAUAUCUACUGUAAACUUCAUGGUAAAUAUAAACAAAAGCGAAUUACUUGAAGAUGGAAGUGCAAAGAUCGAAGUGUUCCUGAUCGAUUUUGGUAAAGCAGUCUUUUUUGAUCCAAAGGAUGCUGCCAAAUGGUGGGUUGACUCUGACGAAGUCAAUAUUUACCGAGAUGAGGUCAAGCCAAAGACUUCUCAGGAAUUGAUUGUAUGGUGUAAGAGUUUACCAUUUAUGAUGGCCAAACCAGACCAUGGAUACAGAUUCUAUCGAUCCAUCAAAACAUUACCACGUAGUCGCAAUGACCAUUCUCUACUUCCUUACUUGAUUGAUCCAGCGGCAGAAGAUAUAUUCGCACUGGGAUCCCUGGUUUGGAAAAUACUUUCAGGUAUGGAACCAUGGCCAGGUAUAUUUGAUACAGACCUCAAGGGGCUUCGUGAAACGGUCGAAGAUGAUUACAACAUACGGUCUCUGGUGAAUCGUGAAGUACCUGGUAUAACAAGUAGAGCUCUGUUGUAUAUGUUUUUAAGAGCAGAACCUUAUGACCGGCGACCUGCUAUUGAGAUCCUGUCCUGGUUGGAAUCUCCUGGUAUAAAGCAGUCGAUAUUAAAUGAAUGUAAUGGAAUUUAUGAUAAACCUCUUCAUGUACCAGCUCCAAAGAUAAGCAAAAGAGAAAGGUUAAAAAGAAAAAGAUUACAAUAAAUAGACUCAUGUAAUGUAUUAUAUAAACAUGUUCAAUGAUACCAAAGAGU